UUCUUUUUAAACUUUUUGUAUUAUUUGAGAUAUCGAUUUUACUAAUUAUUACUAUUUACAAAUAAUUUAUAUUGACGGAGGAAAAUCGAAAAAAUAAAAAUUUCUGGAAUAUAAUAAAGGGACACUACCUUAUGAAAUAUUAAUUCAACAAAAUAUAGUGAUUAAUAACUUAGGCACUUUCGAUGUGAAGUAAAAUUUAAGAACACACAAAUGUGAUACACCGAUAGCUUUGGAGAACAUACCUAAGUAUAUGAAUUCUUACAUACUUGUACGAGGUUUUAUCAAGACGAACUUUAACUGCAUUACAAUUAAUUCAUAUAAUUUCGCUUGUGGAUCUAUAACAGAUGGGAAAUUUAAACUGGAAAUCCAAAUUAAAGAUUAUGAUGAUAUGAACGAAUUUGAAAAGGGACUACAUGUAGACGUAAAAGAAUAUGUUAAAGUGAGAAAUGAUGUCUUUUACUUAGAGGUAGAGAAAAACAGAGAUAUUAAAAUAAUUGACAAUGAAAAAAUGUCGUUUAUGAAUCGCUUCAGCGGUUCAACUACCAUAACAAAAAGAUCAUCUUCAGACGAAAAUAUUGAAAAGAAAAAAAUUUUGUAAUUAAAUUUGUGUAACAUUACUAAAUCACUAAUUACACUUUUAAUAAUAGAAAUAUACGAAGUGACUGUGU